GAUGCUUCUAGUAAACGAGAAAUGUUUGUACUAAAAUGCACUGUGGUUCUUUUGGGCUCAGCAUCACACUAUCAUAUUUAGUUUUACAAAGAUUAUAUAUUUGUGGUAUACUUUUCACACAUUAAAAUCAAGACUGAUCAUCACAACAAUGAAGUGGCAUUCUUUACUGAUAUUCUCCACUCUCCCAUAGGUCUUUGUAAUGUGAGAAUAAAACCUUCUAAGAAUCCCAUUUGUGUGGGAGAAAAUGUGACCUUCAGUAUUUUCCCCCCGACUGUUAUCAAAGCUGGGAUCUGGUCAUAUAAUGGCAUUGUCAUCGUAAUGUGGUUUCCUGAGAGUGAACCACAUCUUUUGAAUACGUAUGAAAACCGCAUCACAUUCAACAGCACUACUGGGUCUCUGUUUCAUGAGUCUGUGACUCUAAAUGAUUCAGGACUUUAUGUCUUGCAAGGAUUUAUGCCAUUAAUUAUGGCUAACAUAACUUUGUCUGUCCUGGUGCCGGUGUCCAACGUGUCAGUGAGUGCUAAUGCUACUGACUUAAUUGAAUUCCAUGAUUCAGUCAGUAUCAUUUGUUCUGCUGCUGGCUCCUCAAUGACUUUCCAUUGGUUAAACAGGAGCUCUGACAUCAAAGUGACUGAUCAUGUUCAACUGAGUGAUGAUAACCGCACACUCACCAUAUCUAGCGUGUCAAGGUAUGACAAAGGUCCAAUGUACUGCAUGGUUUCCAAUGCCGUCAGUAAUGAGACCAGCAAGGCAAUCCUCUUUGAUAUCAAAUAUGGCCCAAGUGACCUCCGUCUAACCAUAAAGCCACGUGAGACUGCCUACAGGACUGGCUCUGAUCUCACCUUGUCCUGCUACUCCCAAUCAAACCCUCCUGCAUCCUAUCAGUGGGACUUUAAUGGAAAAAUUUUGAACCAGAAUAGCUCCAGUCUCAUUCUCCAAAAUGUUAAACAGAAUCAGACUGGAAAUUAUACCUGCUGGGCUUACAAUAAUGUAACCCUCAAAUCUGCCAGUGUUGGAAGACGGAUAGACAUAAUGGAGCUAAUAUCAUGGGUCAACUUGACCUACACUGGACCACAGCCAACAGACAACCAGACAUUCACACUAAACUGCACUGUUUCACAGAAAGUUCAUUCCAUUAUCUGGUUGAAGGAUGGCUGGCCCCUCUAUCCAAAUAAGAGAAUUACAUUCUCUAAGCGAAACAGCUCAGUGACAUUUAGUCCAGUCCAGCUCUCUGAUAAUGGAAUCUAUGUAUGUGAGGCUAAUAAUGCUGUGAGCAACAAAACCAGUCCAGAGUUUCAGCUGCUAGUUAACUUUGGACCAGAAAAGCCCAUUAUUUCUGGACCAGCCAUAGCGGAAGCAGGUUCUGGUGUGACCCUCAAUUGCACAGCAGCCUCUCAGCCUCCCAGUCAGUAUACUUGGUAUUUCAAUGGUACCAAGGUCACUCAAAGCCCUGUGUAUAAAAUCAAUGUACUGACCUCAGCUAACAGUGGGCUGUACACCUGUGUCGCAUUCAACUCUGUGACAGGGAGGAACAGCUCUUCAGAGGAGCAGCUCACAGUCAUCGAUCCUAUAACCAGAGUCAAUAUUAAUGCAAGUGCAAGACAACCCAUUCAAAAUCGCACAUUCCUUCUUGUUUGUGAAGUCAUCGGGAGACCCAGAUUCAUUUUGUGGCAGAAAGAACGACAGCCCUUAUUUCCUAACAACCAAAUAAUUUUCUCUAAGGACAACAGCUCAGUAACAUUCAGUCCAGUCCAGCUCUCUGAUAAUGGAAUCUAUACAUGCGAGGCUAACAAUGCUGUGAGCAACAAAACCAGUCCAGAGUUUCAGCUGCUUGUUAACUUUGGACCAGAAGAGCCCAUUAUUUCUGGACCAGCCAUAGCGGAAUCAGGUUCUGGUGUGACCCUCAAUUGCACAGCAGUCUCUCAGCCUCCCAGGAGGAACAACUCUUCAAAGAAGGAGCUCAGAGUCAUUGCUGCAAUAUCUUCAGUGUUGGUGAGACCAUCCCCAACGAUACCUAUUCAGUUUUCGAACCUAACCUUGAGCUGUGAUGUCACUGGCCCUGCUGUUGCUAUUAACUGGCUGAAAGAAGGGCAGCCUCUUCACCUUAAUAAUACCGUAACACUCUUGGCGGACAACAGCUCCAUCUUCUUCAGUCCAGUGCAGAAAUUUGAUGAUGGAUCUUACCAGUGUGUGGCUAUCAGCCUUCUCAGCAACAAAACAAGCCCAGCUUACCUUGUAUUGGUCAACUAUGGGCCAGAGACCCCAGUGAUUACAGGACCCACUGAAAUAAAAGCCGGGGUCACGGUAAAACUCACUUGCUUUGCCUACUCCCAGCCUCCCAGCCAAUAUUAUUGGAUCUUCAAGGGGGAAGAUGCCACUAUUGCUAGCGCUCAGCUAACUAUACACAAUCCUUCAGUUCUGAAUGAAGGCCAAUAUACUUGUGUGGCCAGGAACCCACUCCUCAACAUUACUUCGACAGCUACUGUCAGCCUGAAGUUCGUCUAUCCCUCUGCUGGGCCUCCUCAGGUGUCUGGAGGAGGCCUGACCUUUAUGAUCCUCGUUGGCUUCCCAUUCCUCAUUGGAUGGACGUCCCGCUGAGGGCACCAAGAUGAGAUGAGACGAGACAAACCAUUUCCAGCUGAAUAACCCACAACAUAUAUUUUGUCCUUUUGUUGGAAUGUUUUAGAUAAUUGUAAUUUAUUUCAAAUGUAAAAUCCCAUCCCAAUUCUUUCAAUAUUCUCCAUUACUUAUUGGAUCUUGCUUCUGAUUCAUUGUUAAAUUAAAUAAAUAUAUUAGAAAAUGGAAAAAAUAUAUAUUUUUUAUAUAGCAUUAGAUGUGCAUAUUGGGUGUAUUUAAAUGUUGAACUUUAUUAAACUAUUGUUUUGCUUGCCAUGAAAAACAAAGCUAGUUUUCUGAAAAUGAGAACUAAUGUAUCGUUAUGAUUUAGCAAUAUUUAUCAUUUUUCAAUAAUAUAUCCAGCUUAGCUAUUGGGCAUUCAAAGGCUAAUAUAGUUUUACAAAGCUUUCAAAAAUUAAGAAAAUUGAUACAUGUCUACUUUGGAAUAUUAUGAUUCUGAAUUUUAUAUCUUAAGAGUACAAUGGUUAUCAAUUAUUACUAUUAUCAAUAAAUAAAUGUGUUUUUUUCAUAUUAUUAUUAUUAUUUGCUUCAUGGGACUCCAGUCCUCCUUCUAAGAGCCUGAUAGGAACCUGUCCUAGCAGUGCACUUCGCAUCUGCACUUAAUGUUUCCUGUUCUUUUUGAAGGUCACUUGAUGUCAUCCUCCGAUUCAUGAGAAACUGUUGGAUAAGUUAACGGUCAUCUCUGGCAUUAGAGGGUCACUUCUACCCUUUACCUGACUGGCUCCUGGUUGUUUUCAGUGUCUCCUGCUUCACUUUGUUCUUGGGUGCUACUGUCUCAGAAAUUUUGAACCUGAAAGCAUCCUGCUGGUCAGUGUAAC